CGACCUAAGAAAGUUGGGUUGCGUGACAAAAUAUCGUUCCGCAAUGACGUUUGUAAAUUAUUGCACCAAUCAAAUUGAUAGCUUAUGUCCGCAUAAGCUAAGCAUUAAACACAUUUUUUGAUCUGAACGAUAUAUAAACCAAACACAAUCCCCAGAGUGCACUUUAUCAAAAUUCUUUAUUUUAUUAUAAACAACUUACUUUGAUUUUAAAACACUAUGAAAAAAACACCUGGAACAAAUAAGUUCCGUGCAAAACCUGCUUUACCGCCUCAGGAGCAAACGUGUGUGUUAUGUAAAUACAGUACAAUUAAUCGACACUCUUUUAAAGUGCAUCAAAGAUCAGGACACCACUUAGAACUUCUGGAGGCGAUUCAGUCCAAUCAAGGAUCACUACCUGCCAAUGACAUCCAACAACACGAAUCUCGUAGUUCUGAUAUGGAGUCCAUUGAAAGACCAAUCCAACCUGAACGCACUGCCAAACCAUUGUCUGAACAUGCAAAUGAAUUUGAUGAAAAUCAAUAUGAUGAUUAUGAUGGUGACGGUGAUGAUGAUGGGCGUGAUGAUGGUGAAGAAGAAUUCGAUGGUGGUAAUGCCUUUGACCAUUUCAACAAUGAUUUUAACAACGGAGGGGAAUCUGAUAAUGAUAGCGAAUCUAAUGAACCUCCCGUUCCUGUUGACGACGUCAACAACGGCUCUAGUGGUGAUGGUGGUAAUGGUGGUGAUGAUGGUGAUGAUGGUAGUGAUGAAUAUCUUGAUUUGAGUGGUGAUGUCAACGACAAUCCAGCAUAUCCUUUCAAAAAUGAAUACAUAAUGCAUGCCCUUCUUUUCUUCAAGUCUGGUAGCUUUAAGUAUUCAGAAGUCCAAAUCAAAUCAGUUCUUGAUUUUGGUAAAUAUAUGGCUGAAAUUGCAAUCAAAGAGUACAGAGCUCAACUAGCUUUGGAUCCUUCUGAUGUUAUAUAUGAUUUCCGUGGUUAUUUCAUUCCCCACAGCGUUUCCAGAUUUCACAAAUCCAAGAAAAGUUGUAUACCUUGUUUUCCUCAUGCUCCCCAUUGUGCCAAAGAUGAUAACGGCGGACUUCUUGUCGAACCUACUGAACCUGCCACAUCAACUAGCACAUCUGGUACUGCUACAGCAGCUGACGCUUCUGCUCCUGCUCCUGCCUCAACCUCUGCUCCUGCCAAUACCUCUGCUCCUGCCAAUACCUCUGCUCCUGCCACUGAUCCUGCUGCAACAACAAAUACAACUGCUUCUGCACCCGCUGUUCCUGUUGUUGUCGCAUCAAAGCCUGACUUGUUUCUCAAUGAUGUAUCUGAACACUUGCGACUUCUCGUAGGUAAUUCCUGUAUGUCUGGUUUCCUGUCACAUCUUCCUGAUCGAACACCUAACCAACGAAUCAAGCUAAGUGAAGGUGAAAAGUGGAAUUGUGAUAGAUUGUUUGAGCAUCCCAUGAUAAGUACUGGUCCAAAUCUUCAACUCUGGGUAUCGGAUAAAGUCUCUUUGCUGUCUGAGAGCAAUAUUCCUCUUCGUGAUCGCCAAUAUUUUAAAGUGGCCAAGAUAUUCCAAAUAUCAAAAGUUGUGAACGUUGAUUUGUAUCCAAUUAAACCCGAUAAUAAUCUUGGAAUUUGCUGUUUAUACGACAUUCUUCUCAACUAUCCCAUAACCGACUUUGACAUCAAUAAUGUCUUUCGUGCCGAACAUGAAUCCUUCGAUGCAUUUACCAGCUUACAACAUAUAAACGGUGACGAUUAUCAUUGUUCUAGAGAUGUUGUUGCUAAUACUCGAUUGAUUCGCGCUCACCAGGACAUGAUUGAUACUGGUAAUAAGUACAAGCGUCCGCUGCCAAUUAGAUCACGUAUAAAAAGCAUAAAUCCCAAUUCGUCAAACUACCAGGUCGUUAGAGUAAUUCCGUACAACCUUUGCUCUGAUGAUACCAGUGGUAAUUCCACAUCAAAAUGGAAUUGUUUUUAUUCGUGGUCGAUGAAUCCCGCCGCUGUUCCUCUUAGUGUUGCCAAUCAUUAUUUGAAUCAAUUUUUUAUAUAUGGAUCAAAUCGUCAUACUGCUAUGGAACAGUUGCCUUCCCUUGUCCCCGAUUUGAAGAAACUGGAAACUGGUCUGCCAAUGUUUGAUGCUAUGUUCAAGGAAGAAGUCUUUGUUGUUGCUCCUCUUUUGUUUAUCAAGGCUGACAAUCCUUGUCAUGCCGGUGUUACUUGUUUGAAAGCUUCAACAGCUACUUAUCCGUGUAGAAAAUGCUUCUGGUGUCGACAUGCUGAUGCUUUUGAUCCUAAUAGAAUUACCACGGCCGAAGAACACAUGUCAGUUCCAAACGAUGACUCGAAUAGUACGGAUUUCUCGAUACGUGUUCGUAACAAACAGGGUGAUUAUAUCAUGGUCGAAAACUUGAAGGACCUCGGCUUCAAGGAAACUUCUGGCAAAAGGCUUUUGACGUUGUCUUCUUGGGAUUCUAGCAAGGAUACACCGGUAGAAAUUCUGCAUGGUCUAUGUCUCGGUUUAAUCAUAUACACGUUCAACAAAGCUCCUGAUUGCUUUUUCGACAAGAAGCAGGUUGAUCGCAUUAGUUAUUUGUACUUCAAACUUACGAUUCAGAUGCUCCCAAUUGUUCUCAGAGUUGCUCGUGACCACAUUGAUUUCCUCAACCUUUGUAAUGAUCAAUUCCACCGAAUGCUUGGUGAGCUUUGCUCAUCGUGUUAUAACUGUGAAAUACAUAAAAACUUUUCUGCCUAUCUCGAUUUAUUGCGUCAAUACGUUGAUGAUACUGUUAUUGAUCUGGAUAACCUUGAUCGUACCGUUGUUCCCAGUAACCGACGUACUCGUGGAGAGCCAGCAACAGCAACGACAACUGCCUCAGUGCGCAGUCAAACUACUUUUGAAGAGAUCUAUGGUCUUUCUGGUGAACAAUGUAAUGGUGCUACGAUUCCAUACGCCAAAACUGGUGGUUCAUUGUGUAAUCGUUUAAAGACUCAUUUGAUAGUCCAUUUGGUAGAGGAUUGUCUUCAAUUUGCUUCUACUGUGCUUCUCGCAACUGAAAAGAACGAGCAAUUCAACAAACGCAUUAGGGCAAUUGUCAUGAAGACCAACAAACAAAACCCUUCUCGUGAUUUGGCUCUUAUUAACGGUCGUGAGGUAAUGCUGAGAAGUAUUGCGAUGGGUCUUGUUUGGGAUAAGGGUAUGAAAACUCGUGGUAGUCUGGUCAAAGCGUGGUUCGAUAGGUUCAGUGAGAACAUGUACUAUUCUGCUAAUCGGGAAUUUGGCAGUACUGAAUAUAUUGCUGGAAAGAAGAUUGCUUUGAACAUGAUGGCUAUUCUCGAUGUUGACUUGGAUUCUCUUGGGGGCGUCCUGAAGUAUAAACUGACUGUGGUGGAAUCACUUGACAUGUCUCAGGAAACUGAGAUUGACACUGUCAAGUAUUCUCUUAUCAACAAGUCCAAGUUCGGUACUUUCUGGUGGCUUCAUAACACUAAUCGUUAUUUCAAAAUUUUAGAAAAUGAAAGAAACUAAUCAUUUUGUUUUUUUUUACAUGUCAUUUUUUCAAAAAAAUCAAAGUCUCGUCCAUUUUGUUAUCCAAUAAAAAUGCUUAGC